GAGAGAGGAGAGCAGAGCAGAGCAGAGAGAGAGGAGAGCAGAGCAGAGAGAGAGCAGAGCAGAGAGAGAGGAGAGCAGAGAGAGAGGUGUUUCACCACAAGGGAGAAAAAAAAGUAAAAGAGGAGGUAAAAAAAGAAUCGAGAAGAGAGGAAGAAGAGAAAGGGAGCGUUUCAAUCACCACAAGAACUGGAACAAAGAACAUGAGAGAAAGAGAAACAUUGGGAGGAAGAAAGAAGAGAAGAAGGAGAGAGAACAUAACAAUGAGACUUCCUUUUCUGACCCUUGACCUCUUGAGUGUGUCGCUUCGAGGUUUCCUACAGAUACAGAUCUAGGAUCAGCUUCGCCUCCUCCAAUCCUAAGCUUAACCAUUAGUGGUGGAAAUGCAAAACCGACCCAAUAUCAGCACCUAAGGGGAAUUUCACUUUGGGUGUGACAGAUGGAGGAACACUGAGUGGUUCGGUGUAGAGUGAAGUUGCCCCUAGGGUCAGUUUUGCAUUUAAAGUUUUGAUAAGGGGGUGAAGCUGAUCCUAGAACUGGACCUAGAGAUAACUUCACCCAGAGAGAGAGAGUGAGAAAGAGAUUGAUAGAGAGAGAGGAAAGAGAGAUGCAGAAGACAGAGAAAGAGAGAGAGAUCCAGAGAGAGGAACCCCUGGGGAGAGGACACAGUUUCCUCUUUAAGACCAGAUCGCAACAAGUGGAUCUGAUUUGAACAAGCUCUCCAGGACCUGAGAGAGAGGGAGAGAGGUAGUGAGAGAGUCAGACAGGGAGCAAGAGAGAGAGAGAUAGAGAGAGAGAGGAGAGAGGGAGUGGGAGAUACAGACAGGGAGAGAGAGAGAGAGAGAGAGGGAGAAACAUAGACAUUAAAAGACGUUUAGUUGCUGCUCAUCUUGACCCAGACACAGAUGGAGAUCCAGUCCUAACAGAGCUCUCUGUAGAGGAAGAGGAACUGAACUCCUUGAAAAUAGGAUUACAAACCCUGGACCCAUAGAACCAUAGGACCACUAACACAGAGAACUUCAACCUUACGACCAUAACCUUAAACCUGCAACUACACAACCAUAACCAACAAUUGCAAUCAUAGAACCUUAGGAAAAGAACCUUAGGACUUCCGUAACCACAGAAACGUUACCUCACGACCACAACCAGAACACGGUCAGGAUGGGCCAUCGCAGAAGAAGAUGCAAGAGACGACUCCUCAGGGUGGCCAGAUACCUGUACCGCUGGUUCACUGGGACCCUGGUAGAAGACAGUGUAGUGGAGGAUGGAGAGUUAUCUACAGUGUGUUAUAGACCAGAGGGGUUGGACCAGCUACUACAACAGACUAAGUUCACCAGGAGAGAACUACAGAUCCUCUACAGGGGCUUCAAGAAUGAAUGCCCUAGUGGUGUGGUGGAUGAAGAGACAUUCAAGUUAAUCUACUCCCAGUUCUUUCCUCAGGGAGACUCCAGCACCUACAGUUGUACAACUGACUCAGGUUUUUUCCCCCCAUUCAGACUCCAGCACCUACGUUUGACACCCACAAGAAUGGAACUAGGUGAGCAUUCAGACUCCAGCACCUUUGUCACAGGCCUGUCAAUCAUCCUGAGAGGCUCUGUCACAGAGAAACUCAACUGGGCUUUUAACCUCUACGACCUCAACAAAGAUGGCUUCAUCACCAAAGAGGAGAUGACUGAUAUAAUGAGCUCUAUCUAUGACAUGAUGGGGACGUGUACGUACCCCUGUAUGCAGAACGACGCCCCCAAGGAGCAUGUCGACAACUUCUUCCAGGUAACACAACUAACCACAGAUCUAGGAUCAGAUGAACAACUUCUUCCAGGUAACACAACUAACCACAGAUCUAGGAUCAGAUGAACAACUUCUUCCAGGUAACAACUAACUACAGAUCUAGGAUUAGAUGAACAACUUCUUCGAGGUAACAACUAACUACAGAUCUAGGAUCAGAUGAACAACUUCUUCCAGGUAACACCUAACCACAGAUCUAAACCUUGAUUCAAUCCUACUGCGCUUGUAGACAAUAGCACAUUUUAAAGGCCAUGUUACUGUGUUAGUGGAGAUCACAUUCAAGGUAAACUGAGAAGAUGUCAGCUCAAUUGGAAAUGACCUUUAAAUGCUUUAGCACAGUAUCUUAUUUAAUCCAGGCCCUAGGGUUAGAUAAUUCU